AUGGCAGACCUCAACUCCCUGGAUGUGGGAGAGCUCCUGGAGUUCGAUCAGAUAUGCGUCUCUGACGCUUCUCGCUGGGACGAUAACUCUGUCACAGCGUCGCCCCUUUCCUUCGACGCAUAUGGCUUGAACCCCUCGACACCACUCGAAUCCCCUGAUCAGAGCGAAGCAUGCUCAACACCAGUAGCCCCGCGAGACCGGGCCAUCCGUGAUAUGCAUAUUGUUGUGGUGGACCAGUAUGGCAGGGAAUGUGAAGUGGUUCAGACUCGGGGCGAGAAUCGAAAAGCCCAACGAGCGUAUCGGGCACGCAAGGAAGCUCAGCUGAAGGCUGCCUCGUCAACCUUGGCUGCCAACAAUUCACAACUCCGGACUUUAACCCAUCAUAACCGCGAGCUUCUCGAAAUCGUUAAGGGGCUCAAGGCCACCGUUGUUCAGUUAGAGGCGGAGAACCAGAUCCUGAAAGAACUGUAUAGCCACAGUGCGAAUGGAACGGAUGAUCAGGCAGCGUCAAUGCUCGAGAGUCCAUGUUUCAUGUCCCCUGUUCCCUCAAGCUGGAGCACAUCGACCUGGAAGCGACCUCGAAGACAUCCCUCUCAUGCCCAAACCUCAAGUUCCAACCACAAUCAUGGUCCUGUUCAGUGGCUCCCAUUGGAUUUUGCUGAGGGCACCAUUGAGCGAGAACUUCGCAGAUCGAGAGGUACGGAACGCGAUCGGCAGGAUGAAGUCUUCGUCGUCCCGACCAAGUCUUCGUCAGCGAUGGACACUAUUCUUAAGGUGUUACUUGUGUAA